UCUCAAACCUGCACGUACAGAGCGAUGAGACUCCGCCAAACCUCACGAAAUGCCUUUUGCCCACACGCUCAACAUUUUAUGAGAACAUUUUAAAGGCUUAGCAAGAAGUUGAGAGAGACGCGCUGUGGUGUUGGAGCGCAAACGACACGGUUUCGAAAACAAAAAGAAAAAAAAAAGAGACACAAGUCGAGACAUUACGCAGUCAUUUAUUGUUGGAAGUGAACAAUGUCGGCGUCACUUGCACCCUUAGGUCCGAGGAGAACCAAAAAGAGGAGUGGCCCCACGGUGUCCACGCUCAUCCUCAACGCCGUCUCCUCCUGCGAGGGCCCACGCGGCGUGUCGCUGGUGGCCCUCAAGAAGGUGCUGAAGGCCAGCGGCUACGACGUGAUCCGGAACAGAGCCCGGAUCCGCCUCACCAUCCGGAGGCUGGUGACGCAGAAGUACAUCCGGCGCACCAGAGGCAAAGGAGUCUCCGGCUCCUUCAAGAUCAACCGCAAGGCGCCUGCGCGACGCGGCGCCAGAAGGGGCCGGCGGCGGAGGAGGAGGAGGGGGCGGAGGAGGAAAACCGCAGCGGCCGGGAGGAGGAGGAGGACCCCCAGGAGGGGCCGCUCCAGGAGGAGGCGCAGAAGGGUCACGCCUCCGGUGAAAAGGAGGCCAGCCCGGAGGAGGAGGAGGAGAGCCCCGAGAAGAAGAGCCAGGAAGCCCAGGGUGGUCAGACGCAGGAGGCCUAAACCCACCAACACCCGCAGCAGGAGUAGGAGGAGGAGGAUGAGGAGGGUGUAUUAGAGGGACCCCCAAAAAGGUGGCAUCCUGAAGGCACAUAUGGACUAAUAAUGUAUUGAUAAUGAAGCUAUAUUUUUCCUUCUAUAAUAAGGACUAAUAAUCCUGCUGUCUCAGCACUUAAUUAUUUUCCACACUGUCCAUGUUGUGUUAUUAACAAUAAAAAAAAUUAAAAAAAAACACUUUAAUUGCUAUUAAACGCGUUUAACGUCAUUGUUUUUGACCAGACCAUUGUUUUUAGACCAGUUGAUCUGCCGCCAAUUUGUUGUUCUAGGGGAGAGGGGGGCACAGAUUCAAUCAAUCAAUCAAUCAAUCAAUGUUUAUUUAUAUAGCCCUAAAUCACAAGUGUCUCAAAGGGCUGCACAAGCCACAACGACAUCCUCGGUACA